CUGCUGGGUUCCAGUCCUCCGCCGUUCUUUGCUGUCCCAUCAUCACGUGUGGCAUUUGCUUGUCUCGUCCUUCACCGUCGCCCUGACACGCCCUGACACGUCCCGACACGCCCGUGUUUCUGCGCCUCGCAAACAACGCAACACAGCCUCCGCCAUUUGUCGCGACCAUGUCCGACGUGGGCCACGAUCCAACCCUGUCCGACGACGAGGCCAAUGGCCAUGCCACUCCUGCUGACGAUGGCGAGGGAGGCACGCCGCUGAAUACCGUCGAGGAGAAUGGCCUUGACGACGACGACGAUGACCUCUUUGGCGACGGCGGCGCGGACGAUGACGCCGAGGGAGAUGUACACGAUGCGCAAGCUGAGCAGCGCAAGCUUGACGAUGCCGAACUCGACUCCGGCGACGACGAAGGACGCACCGAUCGCGUCAGGCAGGCAGAGGCCGUGGAGGAGGUCGAGCAGCAGACGUUCGCAUACAUGGAUGCAGACCUGGCGCGCCAUGCAGUCCCCGAGCCCACCGAUAAUGAACUCUACCUGCUCAAGGUCCCGCGCUUCCUUUCCUUCGAGGACAAAGCCUUUGACCAUAGGACAUUCCAACCACCAACCACCGAUCACCAUUCCAAGGUCGGCGCGUCUGAACACUUUUCCGCUUAUAACACAGCCAUGACCACAAUCCGAUGGCGGCGCUCACCCUCGAGCAACGCUGUCCUGCAGUCGAAUGCUCGCAUCUUGAGGUGGUCCGACGGUUCUCUUACCCUCCAACUCGCCAGCGACCCUACCGUGCAGUUCGACAUUGACGCCAACACGCUUGCACCACCGCAGAUAAACCCAAAGAUUCCCACCCCCACAGCAGUCAGGGAAGACAAAACCGGCGCGAAGACGAGCGCGAAGAAGGAGAGUUACACAUAUCUCGUGGCCCCAUACGAAGAGGCCAAUGUUAUGCGUGUGACCAACAAGCUCACUGCAUCUCUAAACGUAGUGCCCGCUGCAAACACAAAAGAUGCCGCGCUGGAGAAGCUGCAAAAUGAUCUUGCAAAGGUGGCAUCCAAGGGCCGGGACGAUGCCGAUCAGGCUAUUUCCUUUAUCAAUGUAGACGAAGAUCCCGAGCUACGCCGACAACGCGAAGAAGCCACAUUCAAAGAGAAGCAGCGGCAACUGCGCGCCCGUGAGAAGCAUGAAGCCCGCCAGGCCGAGCGCGCGAACCGCACCAUGGGCCGCAGCAGCGGACGAGCAUCAGGAGGGGGACUCGAUAUCGAUGGACUGGAAGACCGCGCCCCUAGGAAACAGCAACAGAGAAAGGGUGGUGGCCUACGGCGUGACUGGAGCGACGAUGAAGACUAUGGCGGCCCUCGGAGGAAUCGUGAGGACGACUAUGAUGAGGAAGAUGAUUUUAUCGCUGCUAGUGACGAGGAGCCGGAGAUUGUCGAGGACGACGACGACCCAGAUGAGGGCAUUGCGCCAAGUCCGAAGAGAGCAAGGGGCGGGGCUGUUGCAGCAGAUGACGACGACGACGAUGACGAAGUCGUGGUUAGCCGGACAAAGCGGAGACGUGUGGUUGAUGACGACGACGACGAGGAGUAGGAUGUUCCUUUGAGGUGAUUAUAUCACACAUGCCAGAGCCAGAGCCAGAGCAUAGUAUCAUUACUCAGCUGGUUCCGUAUCUGGCUCUCAAAAUUAUUGGAUACCAGCAUAGCCCGGAGUUUGAGUUUAUCUUUGGUGUAUACAUAUCUUCAGUAUUACAACGUCUUUUUUGGCGAGAGAAAUUGACAUGUUUGGUCGUCGAGUCAUGCCAGUUUCUGGAACAAUGUUUGACUGACUCUUUUCAAGAUAGUCUGAGGAUC